AUCACAAAAUUCCCUACCAUCUUUAUUUCCAAAGUAUCUUUAUUAUUCUCUCACUUUUUUUCACCAUCUCAUCUCUAAAAAGACCUCUGCAAAUCCCAUCAAACAAGAAAAGCCUCUUACAAUGGCUUUUCUUCCUUCUUCUUCUCCUUCUUACUCUGUUACAAAGCUCUUUUUGUACACAAUUCUAACACUUUCCUUACAUUAUUUUAGACCAAAUUCAGCAGUUUUGCUAGUAAAAUUAAGACACCAUUUUAGAAAUCACCACAAAUUAAGCCCUGUAAUUCAAACUAAUCAAACAUAUUCAUGUAAUCUUUUUGUAGGAAGUUGGGUUUUUGAUGAUUCUUACCCUAUUUAUCAAGCUUCUCAUUGCCCUUUCAUUGAUCCUGAAUUUAACUGCAAAUUAUAUGGUCGACCUGAUUCUAAUUACCUCAAAUAUCGCUGGAAACCUGCUGCUUGUGAUCUCCCUAGGUUCAAUGGAGUGGAGUUUUUGCAGAGGAUGAGAGAGAGAACAGUGAUGUUUGUAGGAGAUUCACUGGGAAGAAAUCAAUGGGAGUCUUUGAUUUGUAUGAUAUCAUCUUCAUUGCCAAGAUCAUCUCCUACCAAUAUUAUCAAAAGGGACCCACUUACCACCUUCAAGUUUUUGGAAUAUGGGGUGACAAUAUCAUACUAUAAAGCAACAUAUCUAGUGGACAUCGAUAUAGUUGAAGGCAAGCGAAUUUUAAAGCUUGAUGAGAUAUCUGGCAAUGGAAAUGCUUGGCAAGGUGUUGAUGUCCUAAUAUUUAACACCGGUCAUUGGUGGACUCACAAAGGAUCUCUUCAAGGGUGGGACUACAUGGAAUCAGGAGGAAUAUUAUAUAAAGAUAUGGACAGGUUGACAGCCUUAAAUCAGGGCCUAACGACAUGGGCCAGAUGGGUUGACACCAAUGUGGAUAUCACUAGGACCCGGGUUUUCUUUCAGUCCAUUUCUCCAACCCAUUCCAACCCAGCUGAAUGGGGAUCAGUAUCGAUGGCGACGACAAAAAACUGUUACGGAGAGACAACUCCGGUUAGUGGAAUGGUGUACAACACCGAUGGGUAUCCGGCAGAUGAUGCAGAUCAAAUGAGGGUAUUGGAUACUGUGCUCAAAGAAACGAGUGUCCCUGUAUAUCUGCUUGACAUCACAAUGCUAUCAGCCAUGAGAAAAGAUGCACACCCUUCCAUUUACAGCGGUGAUCUCACCGCACAACAAAGGGCCAAUCCUCAAAGAUCUGCUGAUUGUAGCCACUGGUGUCUCCCUGGCUUGCCUGAUACCUGGAAUCAACUAUUUUACACUGCUUUGUUAUACUAAUUUAUACAUUUGAGCAUUUGACAAUCACCCCAGAAAUGGGUGCGAAAUUCAUUGUUUAGCUGUAAUUUGUACAGUAACAAUACAGAAAGAGAAGUAGGCUUGACCAUUUAUAUACAA